GCUCCAGCUACUGUUUGACUACCUGAGGCCUCCACUUCAUGUCGGCCCUAGAGAAGAGCAUGCACCUCGGCCGCCUGCCCUCCCGCCCACCUCUACCCGGCAGCGGGGGCAGCCAGAGCGGAGCCAAGAUGCGAAUGGGGUUGGAAGUUCCCAUGGAGUAAAUAUCUUAUCUGAAAGUGGUUUUAAAUGAGCCCUGGAAGAAAGCGAGACUUUUCCCCUGUUUCUUGGAGUCAGUACUUUGAGUCCAUGGAAGAUGUAGAAGUAGAGAAUGAAACUGGCAAGGAUACUUUUCGAGUUUAUAAGAGUGGUUCAGAGGGUCCUGUCCUACUCCUUCUGCAUGGAGGAGGCCAUUCUGCCCUAUCCUGGGCUGUGUUCACGGCGGCGAUCAUUAGUAGGGUUCAGUGUAGAAUUGUGGCUUUAGAUCUGCGAGGUCAUGGUGAAACAAAAGUCAAGAAUUCUGAAGACCUGUCUGCAGAAACAAUGGCAAAGGAUGUUGGCAAUGUGGUUGAAGCCAUGUAUGGGGACCUCCCUCCUCCAAUUAUGCUGAUUGGACAUAGUAUGGGUGGAGCUAUUGCAGUCCACACAGCAUCAUCUAACCUAGUGCCAAGCCUCCUGGGUCUCUGUAUGAUCGAUGUUGUAGAAGGUACAGCCAUGGAUGCACUUAAUAGCAUGCAGAAUUUCUUACGUGGUCGUCCUAAAACCUUCAAGUCUCUAGAGAAUGCCAUUGAAUGGAGUGUGAAGAGUGGUCAGAUUCGAAAUUUGGAGUCGGCCCGUGUCUCCAUGGUUGGCCAAGUCAAACAGUGUGAAGGAAUUACAAGUCCAGAAGGCUCAAAAUCUAUAGUGGAAGGAAUCAUAGAGGAAGAAGAAGAAGACGAAGAAGGAAGUGAGUCAGUAAACAAGAGGAAAAAGGAGGAUGACAUGGAGACCAAGAAAGACCAUCCGUACACUUGGAGAAUUGAACUGGCGAAAACAGAAAAAUACUGGGAUGGCUGGUUCCGAGGCUUAUCCAAUCUCUUUCUUAGUUGUCCUAUUCCUAAAUUGCUGCUCUUGGCUGGUGUUGAUAGAUUGGAUAAGGAUCUGACUAUUGGCCAAAUGCAAGGAAAGUUCCAGAUGCAGGUCCUACCCCAGUGUGGCCACGCAGUCCAUGAGGAUGCCCCCGACAAGGUAGCUGAAGCUGUUGCCACUUUCCUGAUCCGGCACAGGUUUGCAGAGCCCAUCGGUGGAUUCCAGUGUGUGUUUCCUGGCUGUUAGUAACCUGCUAUCCGUCCCUCCCCCAACACUGAGCUCUGUUGUAAAUACAUCGCACCAGAGGCCACUGUGAUGCCGCUGUCUCCUCCUCACCAUCCCGCCCGACCAUGUGACACCGGCUCCCUAUAGACGGGCAUCCCCAGAUGUACAAACCCUUUUGUGUAUUCCUGCCAAAAGCAUUGUUUUCCAGGGCCUUUGACCAACCUCGACCAACUUAGUCCAAGGCUCCCCAGCUCCCACCCCUUCCCUAUUCAGGGGUAGCCCCUGCCUGUUCUUCUUACCUUGCCUAGGGUGAAGCCUCCAUCAUAACCGCCACCCUGGGUCCCUAUUCCUGGUAUUAGGCAAUGCACCUGGGUCCAAAUGUCUCCCCAGGCUCAGGGACCUCCAUUCCUUAAGAUUGUUCUUGGUAUGGUCCUGCCCUACCUCAUGGGAUGGACCAUGCACAGGGUGGUCCUUAUAUUUCCUUUCAAAUAAAAUACCAGUCAGGUACCUUUUUAUCCCAGUCUUACUCUUCCAGGCUUGGAAGACCCAGAGAGGCCAGGAUCCCAUCCUUAGGAAUGGGGAGGGGUGUUGGAUAGCAUCACAAGAAACCAGCCUGAAAAUCAGGUCCAGCCAGUCCAAGCACAUGGCCUCCCAUCUGGGGAGAGCCCACUGUCCCUCUCCCACAUGUCUGGGCACCUGCCCUGGGCUGAGGCCAGGCUGCUCCAGGGGCCUCUUGAGCCCUCACCUGCCACAGAACAACCCAGGUUAAAUACAGCCCAUGCACAAAGCCAUAGGCCAAAGCCUGUGGAGUUGUUUUUAAGAAUCAAAUUUAACCAUUUUCAUAAUUGGUCCCUGGAGGUGUGCAGAGUGCCCGCUUGCCUCUUCUAGACCCACAGCUUAUCUUCACCAUUUGUGGUUUCCAUGUCACUCUUCAUAGAAACAGUACAGCCCAGCAUCCUCAAUCUUUGCCCCCUUCCGGCUGCCUCAUCACAGCACUGCGGCCUCCCCCUACUGCCCAGGCACGCCAUUUCCAAGGGCAGGAAGGGGCAGUCUCCUGCAGCCCAUCUUUUCUGUGACUGUCUUAGGUGAUGCGUAAUCCCCUCCACCUUUCCACCCAACAACUUCCUAUCCCUGUCCUGCUGCACGGUCCAGAGUCUGGGACCUACUUUGUUUCUUUGUUAUUUAUGACCUUGUUUAAAGAAAAUAAAUAUCUCCCAAUGUUUAUUGA